AUGGGUAUCAGCUUGUUCCAAGCCGUAACGUUGGCUGUGGCCGUUGAGCUGUUCCUUCUUGGAAAAGCCCUUCAAAAGAGUGAUCGUUCUUAUCCUGCUUCUUGGAUAGCCAGUGUCUUUGGCAUCAACUAUGGUCUCCUCCUCUUUUACAAUCUAGCGAUAUAUCCAGUCUUCGUCGACCCUCUACGAAACGUGCCUGGGCCAAGGUACGGAAAUGUUUUGGCGCUCAAGGUAUGGUACAAUCAUGUUGUAACCAAAAGGAAAAUAGGCGCCCAAUUUUACACCGAAAUAGCCAGAACUACUCCAAAUGAGGGUAUCAUAGCCAUCAGAAGUUUUGGCUCGACCAUGAUUGUUCUCACUCAACCCGAAACAAUAACCACAGUUCUUGUGAAUGAGCGUUUGAGUUACACCAAGCCUCCACAACUUCGAAAAUUCCUUCGUCCCAUUCUAGGGGAUGGGCUGGUCUUUCUUGAAGGCGAGGAGCACCGGUUCGGACGUAAACACACACAACCGGCGUUCAACAAGGCGCAAAUCAAUGAUCUAUAUCCCAUGAUGUGGGGUAAAGCCCAGGAAAUGGUUGCCGUAAUAGGGAAGACAUUGGAGCCAGGCUAUGAAUCUGGGAAGGUUGAAAUAGUUCGCUGGGCAACCAGAGUGUCACUCGACAUCAUUGGCUUGGCUGGUCUGGGGCACGACUUCCACUCGCUAACAGACGUGAAAGACAAACUCGCGGGUGACUAUGAAGAGCUUACCGAAACGACAUGGGGGAAGCUUCUAUGGUUUCUUUUGAUGUCAAGGCUUUCCCCGACCAUGACACGCUUUCUCCUGCCUGGCAUCACAAAGACCAUGGAGGAUAGAGUAGCGUCGGUACGCAACCUUUCCACCAAAAUGAUCUAUGAAAAGAUGGGAGCCGCCAAGGACGGCGACGACGGGCAAUUUGAUAUCUUGUCUUUGCUUAUCAGCUCAAACGACUUCAGUGAGGCUCAACUCACUGAUCACUUGCUAACCCUACUGGUUUCGGGACAUGAGACAACAUCAGUGGCUUUUGUGUGGAUGUGCUAUCGACUAGCUAUUCACCAGGACGCGCAGAAGAGACUUCGCACUGAAGUCCUGAACGCAAUCGCAGGUGUUGAACCAUCGCAGUUGCCGUCCAUCUUGGAAGGGUUGCCUUUCUUAAAUGCGGUCAUGCUUGAGGUCCUACGUCUGUAUCCUCCGUUACCCAUGCAAUCGCGCGUUGCUGAUGUCGAUACCUUCAUACUUGGGCACCCACUUGCGAAGGGAACAAGAGUCCUGAUUCCCGCUUGGAUCGUGAAUAGAGCCCCAGAGCUUUGGGGCCCUGACGCGGACGAGUUCCGGCCAGAACGUUGGAUAGAUGAAGAUGGGAGGCAUAACAACAUGGGAGGGGGUAGUAUCGGUAGCAUGACGUUUGGAAGAGGGCCAAGAGGAUGCAUUGGUGAAGGCUUCACCAAGGCCGAGCUGAGAUGCAUGAUGUGUGCGAUGCUUAGCCACUUUGAGUGGACAUUGAAUAUGCCCAUCUCGGAGGUAGUACCAUCGGGGAGUGUCACCAUUCGGCCUGCUAAUGGGCUGCAUUUGAAGAUGAAGAGGCUUGUCUAA